CCGCCGCCACAGCCGCAGCAGCUGCAAGCAGCUGCAAACCCCUUUUUGCAAGAGCGACUCGCGGCUGCCGGCCUCGCUGCCGCCGCAGCCGCAGCUGAAAGCCGCCGCAGCCGCAGCUGAAAGCGCGAGCGAGGAGGGCGCGAGCUGGGAGCGGCUCGGCCGAGCCCCCUUUGCAGCAUGCUGCCUGGCUCGCGAGCCACUCGCAGCAACUACCAGCACAGCAGCACCGGCGGCUGCAGCAGCCUCGCUCAGCCCGAAGCAGAGAAGGAGGCGCCGGCAGCGACGGCUGCAAGGAGGGCACCAUGGCCGGCGGAGGCUCCUUUUGGCCGCGGCUGCUGCUGUUGCUGCUGGCCGGGGCGGCGUGCCUGGUGCAGCGCGCCCAGCUGAGGAAGCUGCUCCGCUGCCCGGCCACUUGCAGCUGCACCAAGGAGUCCGUCAUCUGCGUGGGGUCGGCCAGCGUGCCGCGGAGCCUCGCCGGAGACAUCAGCUCCUUGAGCCUGGUCAAUGGAACUUUUCCCGAAAUAAAAGAGAGAAUGUUUUCCCACCUGCCGUCCUUGCAGUUGCUGCUGCUGAAUUCUAACUCGUUUACUGUCAUAAGGGACGACGCCUUCAGUGGGCUUUUUCAUCUGGAGUACCUAUUUAUUGAAGGAAAUAAAAUUGAAACCAUUUCGAGGAACGCUUUUCGUGGUCUUCGUGACUUGACUCAUCUCUCUCUCGCCAAUAACCAGAUUAAAGCUUUGCCAAGGGACAUCUUUAGCGAUUUGGAUUCUCUGAUCGAACUAGACUUGAGGGGAAACAAGUUUGAGUGCGACUGCAAAGCCAAGUGGCUGUUUUUGUGGUUAAAGAUGACAAACUCCACCGUUUCCGAAGUCCUGUGUGUUGGUCCGGCAGAAUUUCAAGACAAGAAAUUAAAUGAUGCCUUGAGCUUUGACGAUGAAUGCACCACUACAGAUUUUGUUGUCCAUCAGAUUUUGCCCUAUCAAUCAGUGUCGAUCGACACAUUCAACUCUAACAACGAUGUCUAUGUUGCCAUCGCCCAACCCAGUAUGGAAAACUGCAUGGUGCUAGAAUGGGACCACAUCGAGAAGAACUUCAGGAGUUACGACAACAUCACCGGUCAGUCCAUCGUGGGUUGCAAAGCCAUCUUGAUCGACGAUCAAGUUUUUGUGGUGGUGGCCCAGCUCUUUGGCGGGUCCCACAUUUAUAAGUACGAGGAAAGCUGGACCAAGUUUGUCAAGUUCCAGGAUAUCGAAGUUUCCCGCAUCUCCAAGCCGAACGACAUCGAACUCUUUCAGAUAGAGAGCGAAACCUUCUUUGUCAUUGCCGACAGUUCGAAAGCCGGACUGACCACCGUUUAUAAGUGGAACAACAAAGGGUUCUACUCCUACCAGUCUCUCCACGAGUGGUUCCGGGACACGGAUGCUGAGUUUGUGGACAUAGAGGGGAAAUCUCAUUUGAUCCUGUCCAGUCGCUCGCAGAUCCCUAUUAUCCUCCAGUGGAACAAGAAUUCCAGAAAGUUCCUCCCGCACGGCGAGAUAGCCAACAUGGAAGACGUGUUGGCUGUGAAAAGUUUCCGGAUACAGGACAGCCUGUAUAUCACGCUCACCAGAUUUAUUGGCGAUUCCCGAGUGAUGAAAUGGAACAGCAAACAAUUUGUGGAGAUCCAGGCUCUCCCGUCCCGCGGGGCCAUGAUCCUGCAGCCUUUCUCCUUUAAGGGCCAUCAUUACCUUGCUCUGGGAAGUGACUACACCUUCUCCCAGAUAUUCCAGUGGGACGCCGAGAAAAGCCUCUUCCAAAUAUUUAAGGAGAUCUACGUGCAGGCACCUCGCUCCUUCACCGCCGUGUCAACGGACAGGCGAGAUUUUUUCUUCGCUUCCAGCUUCAAAGGCCACACGCAAAUAUUUGAACACAUCCUUGUGGACUUGAGUUUAUGAAACAGCCGUGAGUGUGGGGACUCGUGUAGGAGGGUGACUUUGGCCUGAAAGCAAAAGAGAAAGGACAGAUUAUUCUCUUUGGAUAGCUAGGCAGUAUCUGUGACAUUAUUCAGCAAGUUUGUUUUUUUUUUUAACUUUUUAGAAGUUUGCCUAUUUAAUCAGGGAAUGCAUUAACUUGGUUAAGUGCAUGCCGUGCCAAUUUUAACCUUGACGAGAGGUGUUUUUAAAGCCUACUCUUGCUCAAAGACACUGUGCAAGGCAUUCGUUUUAAAAAUGAUGCAGAACUGAAAGGAGGAAGUGGAACGGCUGAGAAAGUGGGAUGAAACAAAUCAAUAGGAGAAGCUGCAGUCGUGACUCUGCUAGGGACAAAAAAAAAAAAAAGAUUGUUUUUUCUUUUCUUCAGGACAUUUAGGUUGAAAGCAGUUCCUUCUGCCGAUUUGGGAUUUGCAACCAUUAGCGUCGUGAUGAGAAAGCAUCUCUCAGCAGGAUGAAGUAGUUCUGUUUCUGGACCCUGGGAAAUUAAGGGGCAGAGGACUCUCUAGGUGGCAUUCUUACAUUCUGGUUUGGAGAAAGGAGCUGAUAAUUCCUUUUGAAUUGCCAGUCAAAAGGGAUUGGUAAA